ACGUGAGGUGCCACUGCCGGCCACUGCCAUGCGCGGGGGCUGCACGGCUAGUGAUGAGAGUCCUGGUGGUUUUGCUCCUCACCGCCAUAGGCGAGGGGCACAAGGUGGCCACCACAGUAAAGGAGAAGAGCAUCCCCUCUAGAGCCAAAGCGACAGCCAGGAUAGCUGCGCGUGCGUUCGUCGAUGAAACGGAUAUGAAAGCCACGACUUCGCAGAUGCUGCUUGUCCAGCCCGUUGUACUCUCCAUAUUGCCGGUCGUCUUGCAAGGGGGUCACGCAGGACAGCUGGGGAACUUCAAUACAAAUUAUGCCAUACUAGGAAACCUACCGGAAAGCUGGUCGAACGGCGGGGGACAGCAAGGACCUGGUCCGGUAGGCAGUGGGCAAGCAGUGGGUAGCUCCAAGCAAGUACCUCCUAAAGCUGUGGAGGGGCUCAUGGCGAGCGGUCAGACACAGUCCGGGUCGUCAGGGGGUGGACAGCCAGGUCAGGUAGGCAGUGGGCAAGCACGGGGUAGCUUCAAGCAAGUGUCUAAACCGGCGGAGGGACUCAUGGCGAGCGGUCAGACACAGUCUGGGCCGUCAGUGGGUGGACUGCUGGCAGCUGGUCCUCCUGGAAUCGGACCUACAGGGGGUAGCUUCCAGCAGGCCAGCAAAACUGAAAAAUUGGCUACAGCAAGCGGCCAACCUCAGGCUGGUCUACCUGGUGGUAGAAUAUCAGCACUUGGCUCCCCUGGAAUCGGACAAACUGGAGGCAGCUUCCAGCAGGUCAGCAAAGCUCAGCAAGAAACUAUGGCAAGUGGCCACCCACAGACUGGUUUUCCCUGGGGUGGAAUAAUGGAAGCUGGCCCUGCUGAAAUUGGACAGUUAACAGGAGGUAGCUUUGAGCGGGUCAGCCAAACUGAGAAAUGGGUUGUAGAAAGUGGGCAACCACAGGCUGGCCAGCCUGGGGGUGGGGUCUUAGGACCUGCCCCCCUUGGCAUUGGACAAAUAACAGGAGAUGGCUUCCAGCCGGUCAGCAAAGCUGAAAUAGGAGGUAUAACAAGUGGCCAAUCACAGACUGUUCUUCCAGGGGGUGGAUUUUUAGGGGCAGGUCCCCUUGGAAUCAGACAAACAGGGGUCAACAAAGCAGAGCAAGGAAUUAUGGGUUAUCAGUCACUGAUUUCAAUUGGCUUGGUGAGAUGA